UCAUGACUGAUAGUAUAUAUAUAAGAUCAUUUAGAGCUUUCAAUUUAACAUUCUUUAGAAUUCAGCAAACGCUUCAGAUCAUUCACAUAGACUUGGUUAGGUGAUCUUCAGACAAACAAAAUGAGAUUUGUUUUGAUUUGUCGUCUUCUGUUCAUAUGUACGCUGUUCCUCUCUGUUGAAAGUUGGUGGUUUGUGAAAAGCGGAAACAGCAGAGGAUGUCCAAGAAGAGGUAAUGCAAGGCCGUAUUACUUUGGUACAACACACCUCGGAUGCAUGCUGAAAGGAAGGCAGAAAGGGAAACGCAGUGUGCCUUUGAGAGGGACAUGGGAUGAUACCCAUCGUUAUAUAUACUACAGAGGGAAAUAUUUUGAAUUUUCAAGGUCCGGUUCGAGAAGUGGAUAUAGUCGUUUAGAUGAACAUUGCAGAGGAAAAACCGAAAGAUAUCCAGCUGGAUACAGCUACCUAAGUUUGGAUUGUAUCGAACGAUGUGUUAGGCGUUAUCAAAAUGAGUACGGUGGAUACAACGUAGUUUCGAAUAACUGUCACAAUUUCGCUAACAGAAUGUCUGAGGUUUUGUGCAGAAGAAGUUACCAGUGUCCGUCAUGGUGCAACUAAAUGCAA